AUGGCUCAGUAUGUGUUGGCUCAAUGGGAUUACACAGCAGAAGGCAAUUUCGAGCUUUCAUUUAAAGAGGGAGACAAGAUCAAAUUGCUGGAGAAACACAACGACGAUUGGUGGGAAGGCGAAUUGAAUGAUGAAAUAGGCUUCUUUCCUGCAAACAGAACCAGGAUGUAUUCAGAAGAUCAACUCAUGAUUGAUCUAGUUAAAAAAGCAUCGAUAUCAUCUACGACUUCAUCAUCCACGACUGCAAGUCGUACAAUAGCAGCAUCAGGCAACUCCGACGAGUACAACACCAACAGCAACGGACCCACAUCAUCAGAACGACCCAAUCUACUUGCCGUUGGAUCCAAUCACUCGAUAUCACACAGCAACCCAUACCACCAUCAAACAUCUGCUAAAAUAGGGAAUGACAGAGAAACAGUAUCUGCGCCUGCAAUGCCUCGUGUUGCAAAGGAGAAUCUAUUGGUUGAUAUUUCCACCGAGAAUGAUGAGGAUGUACCCGCUCCAUGGAGUCAUUCGCAAGAUGAAGCAGGUACUGCCUUCUUUUUCAAAGAACCCUCGGAUACAUCACAGCGAGACAAGUCAGACAUUAGGGCAAUGCAGGAUCCAUCAUCUCAUCAGAUUGUACCAUCCGCACCUCCCCUUCCUACUACGCCUCCUUCUUUGCUGAAAAAGCUCGAGGACAUGGAUGUGAAUGAGCUGGCAUACGAUAUCCAAAAGCUGAAUCUGGAGGCAUUACACCCAAAUUGGAUCCGAAUCCAAAGCAGCUUGCAGAUCAAAGUGGCUUCAUCCACCACAGGAGAAACAGAACUACCAUGGAAAGAUUAUUAUGGUGUAGUAACAAAUGGAUUUCUGCUUGUCUACAAGGAAGGAUUACAUAAACUGGGAAGGAGACCUUCCUCCAUAAAACCGGUACCUGCUUAUUUCACUGUCGAUUUAAAGCCAAGUGAAAUCAUACCAGCCACGAAGACAGAUACCCGCAAGAAGUACGCCUUCAUCAUCAGCCUAGCCAACCAUAAAAUCUUUGUCCACCUUCAAACGGAAUCACUGUAUGCGGAAUGGCUGGAUGCCAUGAUGCGAGAGAUGAUUCGCGUGACAGAGAAUACAGAGCAGCAAGAUGUAGAUUUAGUGCAACUCUUGGCCUCGAUACCCUUGCAACACAAGCUGGAAUCCACCGCAGCAACGCUCAACGAUGCGAAUCCAGAGGAUGCAAAAUCAGGCAGUAAAUCAUUGACAAGAUGGUUCUCAAGGUCGAGUCGAAAUAGCGUUCAUCGAUCUCAAACACUUCCUGCUCCUAGUCAUUCCGCCAGCACAGCGGCAUCAGCAGCAUCAGCAUCAGUAACAACAGCUGGUCAUGAUGUCUUUGGCGGCCCACUGAAACUGGAGCACGAUGGUCAAAUUCCUCAGGUUGUUCGUCUCUGUAUUGAACAGGUAGAUCAACGUGGGUUAGAUGUGGUUGGCAUCUAUCGACUUUCUGGACAGACAACCAGCAUACAAAAGUACAAAGCACUGUUUAAUUCAAAACCCGAUCAAGACAUCCAUCUAGAUCAAGAGCAUGACAUCAAUGUCAUUACAGGACUAUUGAAACUCUACUUUCGAGAACUCAAGAACCCGUUGUUGACAUUCGAAUACUAUGAUCGUUUCAUUGAAGCAGCUCGACUCCAAGACUACGAUGAACGCAUGUUUCGAAUAAAAUCCAUCAUCCAAGUGUUGCCUGUGGUCAAUUACAAGGUACUUUUCCAUGUAGCACGCCAUCUGGAGCGAGUCAAGAACCACAGCCACAUCAACAAGAUGGAGGCAUCCAACUUGGCAUUGAUCUUUUCCAUGGGCUUAUUGAGACCGAAACAUGACGAUGUAUCGGCUUCCAUUAUGCACAAUGAUUUAUCCAGCAUCAUUGUAGAGACCAUCAUUACGCAUGUGGAUUGGUUUUUUGAUACAGAUACGACAACGUCGACAGAUGAUGAUGCCAGUAGCGUGCUGAUGCAGAAUAACAGUAGUCUUGUGUGA